CGUUGCUUAGCAACAUUUUGUUUUGGCGUCCCUUGUAUUAUUAAUUUACUUUACUUGUGAGUGACGCACGUAAACAAUGGAUUUAAUUAAGGAAAUAAAUGAAAAAUACCAGGCACUAGAGGCGGAAAUCGAUAAGAAAUUGGAAAAAGUACAUGCUGAAGAAGCAAAAUUAGAACGUCAAAAUGAGAGAUUGGCAGAGAAAUCGGCAAUUGUACAGUCGCCAAAGAUUCUGUCAUAUGAGGAAGCACUUCAAAGAAAUGCAAACACUUUAAAGUCUUUGGAAAUAGCCAAAGCUCGUCUACGCUCACGUUCCACGUACUCGCCAGUAGAAAAACUGCUGGAGUGUGCCUUGGAGAACUACAAAAAGGAACUGGCUACUCUGAUGGGGAAAAGCUCGCAGGCCAACUUGGAUCAAGAGCAGCAGGACCAUGAGGAGAACAUUUACGAACUAGUCAUACAAAAUGUAAUGGAGGCCAGCAGUGCACGAAAACACGGCGGGGAAAGUCAGCACAAUUGACGGGGAUCUAUUUCGAGAUCUAUAUCGUUUUUUGUGUAUGGAAUUCUCCAGUAUGUACUUUUGCUAGAUACCACAUCAAGACGUGUCUCAGAGCAAAAGAAAAAAGUUCAAUUUGCAAGCUGAACAAAUAACAAGCGAAUGUACACGACACACAUGACCAAACGAGAGUUGUAUGCUUUUUCAUUGUGUAAACAACAACCCAAAACGAAUAAACACGAGCUCAGCUCAGCACCCAGCAACCUACUGCUUGAUGGCUCCAAUAACAUUUAUUCCACUUUUAAAUUCAUCUCUCCCAAAAAAAA